UGAAGGCAAGUCACUUGUGAUAAACCUCUGCAAUCUCAAAGCAAUUUCAAGACAUUUUCUAUGGCAUUCUGUCCAAGAACUUCCCACCAGAGAGAGCCAUGGAUUGGGACUGACCACCAGACUCGUUCUGAGCGAGUCCUGUCCAACUCUGCAAGAGAAGUGGACACAUCUCGCUGGAGGCCCCAGUCUGAGCAUCCAUACCAAUAUGUGCGGUCCACACGGUUCUCUUCCAGUAAGUAUUGGAAGGAGUACCAAAAGGGCCCAGCUGUGUCUCAGGAGCAGUACAGUGGUGUGACCAACGUGCCAACCUCAGCUCCUCAGACCCUGAGGUUGGUGGGCAACUUGUGGCCAACUCCUAUGCCAUCUCCUCAUAGUGUGGAUUGCAUCAAGGUCAUUACCACCCCGUCAUCUGAUGACAGAGCUGCUUGGCUGAAGGAGCUUGGACCCCUCAAGUUUGUGGCGAAUGUCAGUCUGCAUGCUGAGGUUCUUCAUGGUCAGCAGAACAACAUGGCAGUCAAGGCAGCCCAGAUGCCUUGCGGCAAAACCCAAGGAGGAGUAAUGGCUCCAGGGAUCAACCCGAUUUCCUCAACAUCUGCAGCUCCUGUGAGCUUCUCCACUGGGGCCAUUGGUGGAGCUCCAACUCACUCCCAUCAGGCCUCUGGCUCUCAAUACAGCAGAGAGGACCACCUGAAGAUGAUCGAGCUCCACGGCGAAAUGCUCGCUAAGUACAGACAGCUGAGGUUCAAGGCUGAGAUGGUGAGGCAGUCAGCCCACUCUGCAGAGCUCCAGAGGAAGGCAGAGAGCAAGCAAGGCGGGAGCUGGGAUGAGGAGAUGGAGACUCUGGAUGAUUUCACAGGACGCCUGGUUCUUCCUGAUGACGCCAUUGAGAAACUGGAGGCCAUUCCUGGCAUCUUGGACUUGGCCAAUGAGAUGGGCUUCCCUGAGAGUCAUCUAGAGAAAUGACUUUAUUCAUACAUAUCGAAUACAGUUUACCUAGUGCUAAAAUUAACAUUUAUUAAUACUAAAAAUAUCAUCAUUAUUAUUAUCAUUAAAAUAAAUAUUUCUGUAUGUAAAAAAACCCUCUUUUCCGUUUCUCUUUCAAUAGUGGGAAUGUGAAAUGUAUACAAGGCUUUUUUUUCUUCUUCUUCUUUUUUUUUUUUUUUCAAACCUCCGUCAAGGAGGUUGUGUUUUCGGUCUCAUUGGUUUUUCUAUUGGCUUAUCUGUUUGUCCAUCUGUCUGUCAGCAGAAUAACUCAAAAAGUUGUUGGAAAUGACAAAAGGAACAAGUGAUUUAAUUUUGGUGGUGAUCCAGAUCACAAUGCGGAUCCAGGAUUUUUUUUUUUAAAGGCUCUACACCAUUGUGGGAUAGGGCGAA